UCACCACACGUCACAGGCCAGGGCGCGGUCAAGAACCAGGAAGCAGACGCUCGGCCAGUCAUCACAAGCGAAGGUGUCCACCAUGGCCUACCAGGCUGGGUAUGCUGAGGAGCCCAAUGCUUUGGUCCAAAACAUCAGCUCCAACAUCCAGAGGCUCACCUUGCUUACCUCCGAGCUGCAGAGGGCGCUGUCGCUGCUGGGAACUGAGCACGAUAGCGACCAGCUGCAACAGACGCUGCAACAGAACCAGCAGCAAGGUAACCAACUUGCCAAGGAGACCGACCGACUCAUCAAGUCCUUCAGCGCGCUUCCUGUGGGCGCCGACCAGCGGCAGAGAAAGAUCCAAAAAGAGCGUCUUUUGAACGACUUCUCUGUGGCGCUGAACAACUUCCAGAGGACUCAACGGGAGGCGGCUGACAAAGAGCGAGAGUUCGUGGCCAGGGUCAGAGCCAGCUCCAGGGUGUCUGGAGGCCAGCCUGAGGCCCAUUAUGGAAAUGUGACCCCUUUCUCAAGCCAUGCCCAGCUGCAGGAUCAGGCCGAGGCGGUCACUGAGGAUGACCUCAGGCUGAUCCAGGAGCGAGAGUCUGCCAUCAGGCAGCUGGAGUCGGACAUCACAGACAUCAAUGACAUCUUCAAGGACCUGGGGAUGAUGGUCCAUGAGCAGGGCGACAUGAUCGACAGCAUAGAAGCAAACGUGGAGAAUGCAGACGUGAACGUCCAGAGAGCCACGCAGCAGCUUGCACAUGCUGCGGACUAUCAGCGGAGCUCUCGGAAGAAGAUGUGCAUCCUGAUUUUAGUGUUGGUUGUUGUCAUUGUUGUUAUUGGACUCAUCAUCUGGGCCUCCGUCAGUAAGUGAGGGAUGCUCACGCUCCUUAAAGUGACUGUUAUUGUCUUUCCGGAGGCUCACUUUCUCAAGCGACUCUUGGAUUGGAUUGUGCAGGUGUACCUAAUGAAAUGGCCAAAGAUUCCAUAUGUAGACAAUCCAUAUAGGUCCACAAAUCCCACCUGCAUGGAAAAAUUGACCCAAACGUUGGCAUGUACUGUAGUAUUAAGUUCAAAUUACUUGUUAAUGUACAAAUUGUUUUAGUUGAGUAUUUGGAAUAGAAAUGAGGCAUAUUUUAACAAAGGAGCUUUGAUGAGCUCAUGUGUUAAACACUCGAACAUGAAUAUACAGUCAGACCUGUCUAUAGCGGCCACUAGAGGGAGUCUGCAAAAGUGGCUGCUAUAGACAGGUGGCCUCUAUAGACAGGUUGGCGUCCAGUUUGAAUGUUGACCAGUAGAGGAAAAAAAAGGAAAAAAAUAAUAAUAAUAAUGUUGACCAGUAGAGGGCACUGCGGACUGCUGAUAAAAGUUGUACAGCACUACUAGGCUUGUUAUUAUCAUGGUUCAUGGUUAUAAUCCUGAACAUGCAUGAGUCAAACAGUAGCACAUCACAUAGUACAAUUCACAAUUUUGCAUGUCCAAAAAGGAGUAGGAAGAAGCAAAGCUUAUUUAAUCCUACCCCUCAUCAGUUUCACAUCAGUUGCAAUACAUUUAUUCACCUCUUGUUCUUCCAAGUGUACUUUGUAGGUCUACAUGACAAUGUAGUGCAAUCAUAGCCAAGGCUUUUACUUACUAAAAGGAAGCUAGAGGCUUAAUAAUAACUGAUAACUGAUCAAAUACUUCAGUUAAGUACAACCAAACUCAGUUUUGCUCCUGCUGCCGCAUGCAUGCUAGCAUAUGUAUUUUUUUUUUAUUGUUGCGUCGCUGGGAGCACGUCCUGUUCCCAGCCUACUUUGCGGUAAUGUUUUGGUGCAAAUGCUCUUAGUUACAUGUUUGACCAGGAAAUAGCGAGCUCAAAAGAAGACAGCUUUUUUAUGUGGAGCAACUGACAGUUUGUGUGGAUCUUGUGAAUGAUUGUGACUGAGCUAGGACUCAGUAAUUAAAGUCUACACACGACGCCUUCAUUAAUUAAAAACCAAACUUUUUCGUGCAUGAAGCUUCUACUUGAGUUGGUAAUUUGGCUGCUAUAUGCAGUCAGAUAUUGACCAAGGGAGACAAAAUGGGUGGCUGCUGGCUGCGUUGGACAGGUGACUGCUAUACACAGGGUCUAUAACAUGUAAAUUUGCUGGGGGGGAUUUUUCAGUGGCUGCUAUAGGCAGGUGGCCCUUCUAUAAAGGUGGCCGCUAAGACAGGUUUGACUGUAUAUACCAUAACGCACAAUUUGUAGCAAGUUUGCCUCUUUAAAAAAAAAAUAAUUAGUUUUGAGUUUUUAAAUAAUGAAUAAUAAGCUUAACGUACCUCACAGGAAGUUGUCGUGAUUUUAACAAUGCUGCCUUGUCUAACUUGGUGAUAUGAAGGAAGCUAAAAUCCAGUUAGCUGCCAAAAAAAGAAAAAAAAGUGCAUAGACUGCUGAUUGUUUUUUUUAAUGAAGACUUUGCUGCCUCCUGUGUGCGAAAAUGUUAUGAAUAAAUGAACCUUAUCAUAGCAAAGUGAGAAGAGUCCUGUUUGUGACACCUUGAAUUGAUUAAAAUUACAGCCAAUUAUCUACUUUUUAAAUUUAAAUUUAACUGUAGUUUGUGCACACCUGGAGGUAAGAAGGACUGGAACACAUUUGGAUUUGACCAACUGUACCUGUUGAUUUGUCCUAAUCCAUUAUCAUGACAUUAUUACUACCACAUGACUACUAUGAGGAGAACCAGAGUAUAGAGCGGGAGGAGCCACCCACUGUGGCCCAGCAAAGUGCACUAUAUUCGGACACACACGCCAAGCAGCUGGUGUGCCGCUACGGAGAUCAGGAGAACCGGAGUGUAGAGCUGGAGGAGCCACCUGGCGUGGCCCAGCAAGGUACACUGUAUUCGGGCACACGCUCUGAGCAGCUUGUGUGAUGCCAAGGACAUUUGAUAAGGUUUUUUGUGUGCUUGAUGGGGUUUUUUUCCACCCUCAUCAUGGAGCAUUUGGUACAUCUAGCACACAAAAUGUCUUCCCCGGAAAGUAACGACAGGCCGUUAACGUCACUGGCAGGAGAAAAAAGGAGAGCUUGAUUUGCUCACCCGCACAGUACGGGUAAUUUCGCCUCAUUGGAACUUUUUUUUUUUAAUUAUCGGUUAUCGGAGCUAUUUUUAAUUAUAUCGGAUUUAUCGAUAUGUCAUAAUUCCCUCAUAUCAGCCUGGUAAUCAUCGGUCAGAUAAUUAUUGUGUACCCCUAAUUAAAAUCAUUAAUUCUGUCAUUUCCAACUCAUUGCACAGUUUGAGAAUAGUGUUCACUCAGCAAGCCCUGCUUUCAAAGACAUCUCAUAGUUUUAUGUUAAAAACUGUAAAAUGUCAAAUACAAAACAGUAGAAGUGGACUACAGACGUCCUUUGCAAUAUCAUGGUUUGAUUAUCGCUCCCUCACUAUAUUGUGGGUUUUCAGAAAUGAAUAAAUGAUGACUGUUUGGUGGUAGACUCUGGUCUAUUAUUACUCUAAACAUAUGGAAAUACAUGACAAAUACAUGAUAUGUAGUAUUCUGGUCACUAGGCAGCAGUAAAACCACAAAACAUAGAGACAUUACCUAACAUGACAUUACAUUAACACUGCAUGAAGUCAGCCAUGGCAUGUCCCACAGGAUAGAGUGAAAAAAAGUUAUCCUCUGAUCCCGCGUGGAAGUGGUAUGUUUUUGGCUUCUUAACUUUAGAAGACAUAAAUUCCAGGCUCACUGGUUAGCUUACCAGCUUGCUAGCUUGUUAGCUCGCUAGUUUGCAGAGUCCCUGCAGCAUGAGUUGCAAUUUGAUGUAAACACUGAAUAAUAGGAGUCUUAUGGUGUCUAUAGGGCUCUAAUAAUGUUAAAAAACAUAUUUAGAAAGUCAUAAACAGGUUUUCUAUACUCUUAACUAUGAAAAUACUCCACUUAUUAACAUUAAAUUGUAUAUAGCGUAUAUUCAUUUAAUGCGGUCUGGUUGGCCAGUUACCCGCUAUAAACGAGGGAGGCCUGUAUAACAUAUCCCUGUGGAACACCGUUCAACACUGUUAAACCCACUGUCAUUUCCAGCCCCCUAUGUUCUCCUAACAGGUGGAAAAUAACCAAAAAUGAGUGAAAAUAUUGUGACAGUCAAAGAUUACACUACCGCACCAGAAUUCAAGGGGAUGAAAGUGUGUUUUGGGUCAAAUUUAAACGACCGUUGACAGAGUUGAAAACCGCACCGUGCGUCACCUUUGCGCUGGAAAUGUGCCGCCACGAGGGUAUGAGAUCAGGGCCACUCGUAAACGCCGAACGAGUCAUGGUUGGACUUGGACGGUGACGGUGGAAGUAACGGAUUGCUGACACGUUGAAGGAAUAUGUUUGCUAGGCAGGGAGGGCGGUUAGGUGGUGCGAAUACAUCACUUUGGCCGCCGGGAGGCCAGAAUGUGCGUCAGCGGGACAGCGAGUGUUCAGGCAUAGGUGGCUUACGGAGAAUGUAGCAGGUUGCUGCAAAGGAGUCCAGCUGGUUUUUCCUUCCCUGCAGGAAAAGCCGCUUCUGCUGUGAGUCGUAAUGAGGUGUUGCGUUUGAAGCUCGUUAGUUGUUCAUGUUAAAUAAAAACUAAGCUUUGCUGCCAUGGGAGACCUCAUGAGGAGCGAUGGUUAUUCCAUCACAGCAUAUCAUAGCAUUCCUUAUAUACACAGCAUGUGGUACCUCCUAGUGGCAUAGGGGUGACAAUAGAGUAAUCUAAUUGGAAGUGUUGACAAGUGAAUUAGGUGGACUCCCAUUACAAUUCAUACAUAACAAAAUGAGUAAGAAUGUAUGUUUUUUUUAUUUUAUUUUUCAAAGCUGUUUCGAAAUACAUUUCAGCCAGGGCAGAGGCUUAUAAAAACUGCAUAUUAAAAGCUGCAGGUUUUUUUUUUUUCCCCCUUUAAAUAAAUGUGAUGUUAUUCAAUUCAAUUUAAUUUUUUUAACUGAACUGACUCGAGUAACAUCACAAUUGUGUGUCAUUAGCUAUUACGCGGUUAGCAACAUGCUAACAUUCUGUUUGGUCAAAAUGGAAGUACAGUCGUCCCUCGUUAUAGUGCUCCCUCCCUGUAUCGCAAAAAAAAAAAAGAUUGUUGUGGUUGACUACGGCCUAUUAUUAGGAUUAAAAAAAGCAUAUUUAAGCAAAUUGUACGUAUUCUUGGUCUAAAUUAAGUAUUUUCAAGCAUAAAAAUGGCUACAUGAACUAACGAAAUGAACUAAAACAUAAAUACAAGGCAAACAUUCGACUUAUGAAUGUUGUGUUCUACAUUGGCCACGAGGUGUCGCCUGAACGUGAGACGUGACAUUAUUGUAGCUUUAAAGGGAUAGUUCGGAUUUUUUGGCAUGAAGUUGUAUGACAUCCCCAUCAGCACUGUAGUUCAAUAAGACUUACCCCCCAAGUCCUAAGUCCAGUUCUGGUCAGAUUUCCGUGAUGAAGAACAUAGUUCCACUUAGUUUCUGGGGACAAUUAAGUCAAGAGUUUGGCUUCUCAAAACAAUAUGCGCUCAAAAGAUUCAUAUAUUUGUAUCACAAAAAUGCCUUCUCAAAAAAAUCAGACGUCACAAAACGCUGGGCGUUAUAUACAGUCAAACUUGUCUAUAGCGGCCACUAGAGGGAGUCUGCAAAAGUGGCUGCUAUAGACAGGUGGCCUCUAUAGACAGGUUGGCGUCCAGUUUGAAUGUUGACCAGUAGAGGGAAAAAAAGAAAAAAAAAGGGAAAAAAAAAAAAUAAUAAUGUUGACCAGUAGAGGGCACUGCGGACUGCUGAUAAAAGUUGUACAGCACUACUAGGCUUGUUAUUAUCAUGGUUCAUGGUUAUAAUCCUGAACAUGCAUAUGAGUCAAACAGUAGCACAUCACAUAGUACAAUUCACAAUUUUGCAUGUCCAAAAAGGAGUAGGAAGAAGCAAAGCUUAUUUAAUCCUACCCCUCAUCAGUUUCACAUCAGUUGCAAUACAUUUAUUCACCUCUUGUUCUUCCAAGUGUACUUUGUAGGUCUACAUGACAAUGUAGUGCAAUCAUAGCCAAGGGUUUUACUUACUAAAAGGAAGCUAGAGGCUUAAUAAUAACUGAUAACUGAUCAAAUACUUCAGUUAAGUACAACCAAACUCAGUUUUGCUCCUGCUGCCGCAUGCAUGCUAGCAUAUGUUUUUUUUUUUAUUGUAGCGUCGCUGGGAGCACGUCCUGUUCCCAGCCUACUUUGCGGUAAUGUUUUGGUGCAAAUGCUCUUAAAGUUACAUGUUUGACCAGGAAAUAGCAAGGUCAAAAGAAGACGGCUUUUUUAUGUGGAGCAACUGACAGUUUGUGUGGAUCUUGUGAAUGAUUGUGACUGAGCUAGGACUCAGUAAUUAAAGUCUACACACGACGCCUUCAUUGAUUGAAAAACAAAACUUUUUCGUGCAUGAAGCUUCGGUAAUUUGGCUGCUAUAUGCACUCAGGUAUUGACCAAGGGAGACAAAAUGGGUGGCUGCUGGCUGUGUUGGACAGGUGACUGCUAUACACAGGGUCUAUAACAUGUAAAUUUGCUGGGGGGGAUUUUUCAGUGGCUGCUGUAGGCAGGUGGCCCUUCUAUAAAGGUGGCCGCUAAGACAGGUUUGACUGUAUUUGUCUCCCGCUGUUUUCCUGCGUGUUCAUGUGUGUGUGACCUCUGAAUUAGCAGACCGGGGUGGUGGUCCCCCUUUCCAAGAAGGGUGACCGGAGGAUGUGCUCCAACUACAGGGGGAUCACGAGGAAAGUCUAUUUCAGGGUGCUGGAGAGAAGGGUACGACCAUUAGUCAAACCUCGGCUACAGGAGGUGCAAUGUGGUUUUCGUCCUGGUCGUGGAACCCUGGACCAGCUCUACACCCUUGCAAGGGUACUGGAGGGUACUUGGCAGUUUGCCCAACUGGUCUACAUGUGCUUUGUGGACUUGGAAAAGGCACUGGACAGUGUCCCUCGCAGUGUCCUGUGGGGGGUGCUCCAGGAGUACGGGAUUGGUGGCGCGCUACUACAUGCCAUUCGGUCCUUGUACAACCGGAGCAGGAGCCUGGUCCGCAUUUCCAGCAGUAAGUCAAGCCUUUUUCCGGUGAACGUUGGCCUCUGCCAAAGCUGCGCUUUGUCACCCAUUCUGUUCAUAAUUUUCAUGGACAGAAUUUCUAGGCGCAGCCAAGGCGUCGAGGGAGUCCAGUUUGGUGGCCUUAGGAUCUCGUUGCUGCUAUUUGCAGACAAUGUGGUCCUGAUGGCCUCAUCGGGCUGUGACCUGCAGCGUUUACUGGGGCGGUUUGCAUCUGAGUGUGAAGCUUUUGGGAUGAGACUCAGCACCUCCAAAUCUGAGGCCAUGGUUCUCAGUCGGAAAAGGGUGGAUAGCUCCCUCCGGGUUGGGAAUGAACUCCUCCACCUUCCCCAGGUGGAGGAGUUCAAGUAUCUCAGUGUCUUGUUCACGAGUGAGGGAAGGUUGGAGCGUGAGGUCGAUAGGCGGAUCGGCGCAGCGUGUGCAGUAAUUGAUCUAUGUUCCCACCCUCACCUAUGGUCAUGAGCUUUGGGUCGUGACCGAAAGAACGAGAUCGAGGAUACAAGCGAAUGAAAUGAGUUUCCUCCGUAGGGGAGCUGGACUCACCCUAAGCGAUAGGGUGAGGAGCUCGGUCAUCCCGGAGGAGCUCAGAGUAGAGCUGCUGCUCCUUCGCAUCGAGAGGAGCCAGUUGAGGUGGCUCGGGCAUCUAGUCCGGAUGCCUCCCGGACGCCUCCCUGGUGAGGUGUUGCGGGCAUACCCAGCCGGGAGAAAGCCCCGGGGCAGACCUAGGACACGCUGUCUCACGGCUGGCCUGGGAACGCCUUGGUGUCCUCCCGAUGGAGCUGGAGGAGGUCGCAGGGGACCGGGAAGUCUGGAAUUCCCUGCUGAGACUGAUGCCCCCGUGACCCGGACCCGGACAAGUGGAGCAAAAUGGAUGGAUGGAUGGAUGGAUGGAUGGAAUAAUGUUUUGUUUGACUUUAGAGGCAUAUUUUCGCCCAAAGCCCAAGUUUUACCGCUUUUCUGGCAUUUUGAGGUAAAGUCUUGUGCUCCUUUGCAGGAAUACAACAUACAGACAACACUGAUGCACCAAGUGUUGCAAUCUUUCUUUGCUGGUUCUUUGGAAACAUCAACAAUUGAACAUUGAAGCCAAACCCUGUGUCCUGCUUCCUGGAACACGCCGUGCUUACUUAGCUUGCUUGCUUUCACUCCAGCUUAUACUGCACUUGUAGUCAAGGCCAAACUUGUCAGCGGGCACCGUUUAUCAAAGACGUCCUCAUUACGGAAUUAAAAGAACCCGAGCACAGAGGCUGUUUGUACGAGAUGAAUCACGCACGCCGAGUGAUGUUUCACUUUGUUGCCGUGCCGAGGAAUAACUCACACUGCGGCCUUUUGGGUGUGAAAGGGAGGGAAUGAUUACGCUUAUUUUUAUGAGGUCACUUCAACCGUUCAGCACAUAUUUCUUUCCAUUUUUACAGGUGAAAAGAGCAGAAUAAUUUAGAUACUAAGGUGGAAGGUUCAUAGAAUAUUUCUGAAAGGUAGGACACCACAUGGAUAUUCAAUUCUAAAGAUGACCAUAAAUAAUACAGUAACCCCUCGUUCAAUAAGUGAAUUUCCACAAAGUAGGAUUCAGUAUUAAUAAAUGGAAUGUUUUCAUAAUUGAAUCAUAGAAAAACUGUUUAUGACUUUCUUAAUGCGAUUUUUAACAUUAGAGCCCCUGAGACAUGGAAUGACACCCCUAUAGUCACCUUUACACUCCCAUUAGCCAAUGUAGUAAAUAUAAUCAGAGAAAAUAAGCCAUUUAAGACAUAAAUAAGACUUGCUAGUGUGUGUGUCAGGGGUGCAAAGCUGGAGUAAGGCCACGACAGUCGCCCAUGUUAUGAUGAUGAUGACUUUUAUUAUUACCAUUAUGUCAUUAUUGUGCCUGUUGAGAUAAAUAAUUAUAAAAACCUGCCGUUGGCGAACAAGUCUGGUGCGUGUUACUUGUGACACCUAGUGGCCAGUAGACUACAUUUUAUCGAUGUCUUGUACUGCCUUAAACUGUUGAAACUAUGCUUGAAGGUGCUUAAUUUAGGCCAAGAAUAGGUAACGUUUUGCUUAAAUAUGCAUUUUUGGACAAAUAACAGGCUGCAGUCAUCCACGAAACAGCGAUCAUGUAUUAAUUAAUUUGUCAAAAAACGCGAUAUAGCGACGGGGUGAUGUCCGAACCGCGAUGGAGCGAGUGAUGACGGUAUACAUAUUGUAGGUCAAGGGUGUAUAUUGUAAAGAUACAAUAAACAGAACUACCCAAAAAAAGCCAACAGCAAAAAUGUAAAAAAAAAAAAGUGUAACGGGAAAAAGAACGCUUUGUCACAUAUAGCACAGAUGCACAGUUUUUUUCUUUAAAUAUACAGUGGAUUGCAUAGUUACAAUUCAUCAUUUGCAUAUUUAUAUGUAUAAUUUUUCAAAUAAUAGCAAAAAUAGCUGUUUUUUAAAAUCAAAAUGCCCCCUGAAAGCUUCUGAUUCUUCUUCUGGAGAAGGUGGUUAUUGCUUCCAGCAGGGGGCAGUAGUCGCUUAUUGGUUACGUCCUGCAACGUGCUAUAUACACUGAAAUGCAAUUUCUUUUAACCUCGUUUUCAUUUUCAUGAGCUGUCGCGACACCACCCAUGCAGCAAAAUCACCCCUCAUUUUCUUUCAUCCACUGAACAGUUUUCCCCGCAUGAUCCAUGAUAACUGGCAUCAUAUUCCAGCAUGCCCCCAAACUGGCUGCCUACUUGGCGCACAAAUCAUUUCUAACUUAAUUCAUUGUGAAACUCUAACGUGUUCUAAUGGUUUCUGCAGCACUCCUUUCUGCGGUGCGGCGUGCCAACUAUUCUAUUAAAGCUCCAGAUGUCCGUGCUAUUUUUAGAUCUUAUUAAUGACACCCUGCAGAAGCCAGCGUCCCGAAAACCCCAGCAUGUCUUGAGCAAGUUGAAAAGAACACAAAGAACAGUCAAAGUGGAGCGUGGUGUAUGCUAUUGGUACCUAGCUGCAUCCUCAGAAGUCUUCCCAGCAUCCCAGGAAUGUCAGCUUUACUUUGUGGCCUCCGGCUAACGACGCUGCCAGCGCAGCGAGCGCAAGGAAUGUUGUUUAAAAAUAAAAAAAUACAAAAAGUCUUCGCAUGUCAUGUACUUUCGCUCUCCUCCCGAGGAGAGAAAUAUUUGGUCAUAAAUAAAGAUGAGUUACAGCUGGCACGCAGCGGCUGCGACUGGCACUCCCCAACAGAAGCUUUGUGGCGUGUUGUUUGCCUGUCUCAGCUUUGCAGGCUUCUGUUCGUCUUAUUUGGGGGUAAAUAUUGAUGUUUUUCCCCUGACGAGGAAGUCGCUCGGUAUACGAUGAGUGAGGGAUGGGACGGGGUGUUCGCAUCCACUUCAAAGUUGCAAUUGGCACACCUGGGUCUUCUUGUUUAUUAUUCCCAUGGGCAUUGAUCAGAUAUUGCUUACACCAGGGGUGUCCAAACUUCUACCAAUGGCUACAUUGUAAAAAUAUGCUAAGAGGUUAUUUGUAUAUACAGUAUAGAAAAUUGACUCACACGUUAGCAGUUCCUUGUUUUUUUCUGGGCAGCGUACUUCCAGCGUACCAGUACGCGGCUUUAAAUGGCUGUAGACUCGUAUCACCCAAAAUAUUAGACAAAAUAAGUGUAAAUAAGCCGUGGAAGACGUAAAUAAAACUCCUGCUCAAGCAGCGUUAACAGUAAAUGUGGGAACCUUAGUGAUGAGUCUAGUGCCUGUCUCACGGAACAAUUACUGACACCUAGUGGCCAAUGUAGAAUACAGGACAGUACGACUUGACACUUCUUGACAAGAAUGCUUCUUCUGCCUUGUAUUUGUAUUUUGCUUCCACAUCCAGAAUCAUAUCCCUGGUUUCAUCAUGUAUAACUCAGCAUGACAGAGCAGUCAAGUAGUGAGCGGAUUGCUAACUCCUACGCUUCCAUGAUGAUGACAGCGUUGUGUCAGUCCUUGCUGCGAUGUAACACAAUAACAAUUUGGUGAGCUCUUGCUUGUGUGUGUGUGUGUGUGUGUGUGUGUGGUCUAACCAGUGACCACAUCCUUUGCGGCGGAACAACAUGGCCACCUUUGAGCCCGCCCGGGCCUCCAUGCUUCGUUCUGCAUUCCCACCAGCUGUGAGGCGGUUACGGAGGUUAUGACAUCAGUGGCGUCACGCAAGGUCGUUGUACUUUGUCUCCUCGCAUUGCUUCUCCUGGUUACGUUCCUCUGAGCAAACAUAUAAGGGCUGCGUUAAAAGAGAGCAAACUGAGAUGGCAUUUAAGUUUGUUUUUUUUGUUGUUGCAGAUAAAUCAGCGGCCUCACAUGCCGCAAGGAAUGUCUGCAGGCGUGUGGAAACUUAACGCAAAUCAGGCCUAGUUGAAAAGUCUGAGCUUGGAGAUCAGGCCUUACACGAAAGGUUUCAACUUUGAGGGGCAAGCAGGAAGCAUGGGAUUUAAGGAGAUUACGGAGAAACUGAGAUUAGAUCCCUUUCCAACUUGGAGAAACCCCCUCCAGGCCACCCAGACUGGUGGAAGUAUCUGACUAUGGAGGCUGAGGUGGACACAAAGACCCUCAAGAUAAGGUGGCCCCCGACCAACUCUGAAUGUUGGUGGACUCCCAUGUGGUUGGGACUUUGGGGAUUCUGGGAUUAGGUGCUUGGGGUCUGGUUUUGGGGGGUGGAGAGUUAAGGGAUUAGAGUUUAGGCAUUAGGUCUUGAGGCUGGGGUUUAGCGCAGGGGUAUUCAACUGGUGGCCCCAGAUUCCUAAAAACAGCAGAGUAUAGAGGAUUUUUCACUAGCGUUGUUGCAGUAGGUCCUGAAAAACAGCAAGUCUUUCCUGUCAUAUAGAGGAUCUUUUGACUUACAUUUUUGCUGUAGAUCCUUAAAAACAGCAGCGCUUCUGUCAUAUAGAGAAUCUUUGUCAUAAUUGCAGUGGGUCCUCAAAAACAGCAGAGAGCUAGUUGUUUCAUGGAGAACCUUUGACUUGCAUUUUUGCAGUAGAUCUUUAAAACAGCACAGCUCUCCUGUCACAUCGAGGAUCUUUGACUAGUGUUUUUGCAGUAGGCUCUCAAAAACAGCAGAGUGCACCUGUCGUAUAGAUAAUCUUUGACUGGCAGUAUUGCAGUGGGUCCUUAAAUCCAGCAGAGUGCUUCUGCCACAUGUACAUGAUCUAGUGUUUUUACAGUAGGUGCUCCAAAACAGCAAAGUGCUUCUGUUAUAUAGAGAAUCUAUGGCUAAUGCGUUUGUAGUAGGUCCAAAAAAACAGCAUCGCUCUCCUGUCACAUACAGGAGCUUUGACUUGCAUUUUUGCAGCACAUCCUUAAAAACAGCAGAGCUCUCCUGUCUUCUAGAGGAUCUUUGACUAGGGCUUUUGCAGUCGGUUCUCAAAAACAGCAGAGCUCUCCUGUCACAUAGAUAAUCUUUGACUGGCAUAAGUACAGUGCGUCCAGCAGAAUAUUCCUGUCACAUAGAGGAUCUUUGACUCGUGUUUUUGCAGUAGGUUCUUAAAAAAACAGCUCCCGUCCAGAGUGAAUUGCCGUUGUUAAUCCUGCUCUUAAAGGCGUUUUGACGUCAGAGGUGGACAAAGCUAACAGAACCAGCGUGUUGGGGAGGUCAAACCGGACCGUCCAGGUCAAAGGUUAAGAGGGGUGUCGGCAGAGGUGGCAAAGGUGCAAACACCGCUCGCUGUCACAAGCACAGACAGGUGAUAUAUGGCGAGGUGUGUGUGUAUGUAUGUGUGUGUGUGUGACGUGCAGAGGGAGACAGGACGGUCCAUCGCGAAGGGUUGAAGGCGGGAAGGAAGAGGGGUUUACUCACAGAGUCGUGAGAUGUUCGUCAUUUUUUCACACCAGAUGGAACCUCAGACGACAGUUUUCCAUUUCGGUGUCUGGAGUUUUGCCUUUCAGCAGUGAGGAUGCAGCAGGGUUUGGGAUGGCAAGCAGACCUCAACUCUGCAGACGCAUGUAUACAGUACAUGCACUUGGCGUUGUUUCAAUGAUCUUUCAGCUUUGCAGGUUUUUAACUGUACUGUGUUUGAGUCAGCAUUACGGUUUCUUUGGGUUAUUAUUUUCUCAUUUCCAGUCAGGUACAACAAAAAAUAGUCUUAACCAGCUCAGGCAAGACCUCCAUCGUCAUGUUUCCAGUUCACUGCGACCCUCAAAGCUAUAAAACGUCCACCGCAUCAAAGAUUUUCUGAAAAGGUCUUCAUAUAGACUUCUUUUUAUGGUGGCCUUAAUUUAUCUUGUUCCUAUUUGCCAGGCACACAUGCCCUUGUUUAUCAAACACAUACUCUGACACAGUUUGAACAUUCCUGACUGGCACCUGCACAGCCAUUCUCCCAUUUAUUUAUUUGGGAUGUAAUGGUUUGGUACGGCAUAAUACCACAUUUUUGGGUCUGUCUACUACAGCUUGGCUUAUGUUGAAAGUGAGUGAAAUGGUGUAACCAAGGCCAAGGCAACUCAUAUUAUAUUGUUAUUUUUCCACAUCGGAUGUUUUGUUCCUAAAACGCCACGCGGGCCAACUUUUACUGCGCUAGAUUUCUGGAGGAAAAACACAUUUUUUUGCUCACACUGGCCUUGGCAGAGGUAUGCGAAUGUGCUGUUUAAAGUGUUAUUCUAUGUCUGAUCCUUUGUACAUUUGUCUCCGUCAAGAAACCAAACGAGAACCCUUUCCCACCGGACGAAAACCCACAAACACCCGCCAACAUCUGUUUUUUGUCUGCAGUGGGGAAAAAGGUACAUUGCUCGACUGACAGUGCAGUCACUGGCUCGAACUGGCUCGUGUUGUCGACAUGAAGACAUUGCUGGUGUUUUGGGGACGUUUUUACAUCUUCAGUAUGUCAGUCUACACCAGGGGUCACCAACGUGGUGCCCGCGGGCACCAGGUAGCCCCCCACGACCACAUGAGGUGCCCGCAAGCCAGCUUUUCAUUCAGGUUUUCAGUUAAUAAUGAAAGAACAGUAGAAAGAAAUGCAUUGUGAAAUACAACAUGUGAGUUGUGGACACCAGCAUUUUGUUGAUGUUCUGGUAAAACAAGCAUAUUCGCUUUGUUUGGGUUGAAAAUAAGCUCUGAAAAUAAAUGUUACAAAAAUGAGUAGCUCUUGGCCAUUUUCAUUUUGGAAAAGUAGCUCUCACAAGGAAAAGCCUUGGUGACCCCUGGUCUACACGGACUGCAUAGGAUAAACUGAUCCACAACAAGGGCCAAAAAAGCCUCGAGCGGUGGAUCGGUCAGAUCGGUAAACCUUAGGCCCAUGGUGGAACUCUUCUACCGUAUUUUCCCGACUAUAAGUCACAUUUUUUUUUCCCAAUUGCUUGGGCGGUCCUGCGAGUUAUCAAGUGCAACUUACUGUAUAUACAGUCGUUCCUCAUUUAUGGUGGUUAAUUGGUGCCAGACCCGACCGCGAUGAGUGAAUUUCCGCAAAGCAGGAUUCAAUAUUAAUAAAUGGAACAUUUUUGCAGUUAGAGCGCAGAAAACCUGCUGGUGGCUUUCUAACUAAAUACGGGUUUUAACAUUAUUAGAGCCCUGUAGACAUGAAAUAACACUCCUUUGUUUACAUCUUAUUUCACAGGCUACAGGAUCACUGCAGGGCCAUAACAGACUGCCGGUGCUAGCAUAGCAUGCGUGUCGAGAUCUUACUCCUUCAUGGUCACCACAACUACGUUCUCCACGAACAAAAAACAAAAUGCAGCGAUUCAGAAUUCUCAGUCAGGUCAAGUGUGUCAGUAUGGGUACUGAUUGUUCGGGACCGUUUAUUAUGGAUCGUACCGUGGAGCAGGUCUAAAAUGAGUCUGCAGGCCUGCUAGAAAAUGUCAAGGCACGGGUAAUGGACUUUGGCAGAUUGAAGGUUUUAAGUUAUCCGACAGACUGUAACCAUCACAGUAAUUGAAGAGGAAAUGUUUGGGAAUUUUCUCAAGCAUCCAGAAAUGGAAGUUGGGAAUCAUGACCAUCUGCAUGAUCAUCCGUCGAGAAGUGUCUGGGCGAAACAUGGCAUUGACUGACUGAUGUUUCCAUGCUGGAACUGUUGGCAGUUUGUGUGAUGUGACAUUUGCUCUUUGACUGGCGCUUGUGUUAUAUAAUUGAAAAAGCAAGCAACAGACAUCAGCCUCAAUAGUUUGACUGUGGCUGACUUUUCCACAUUGAUGAGAGGACAUGUUGUUCACGUCGCUCGGCUCAGACCAGUCUGAACUGCCCCCUCGCUCGGGCACGGGCGCUCGGGCAUCAAACGAUAUUUUUAAUCAAGCGGUCAAAACCUAUUGCACAAACAUUCUAAAGUAGCUUAGGUCAACAGCGUCCCAGAGCCUGUUCUGUUAGCUGGAAUGCUCGUGUACGCCCGCCGAACAGGCCCCUCUUUGUGUCGGCGUCCAGCGGCCUCACGCCACAGCGCACCGCUCAGGAAUCCUGUUUGUUUUCUUUCAAAUUUCUCAACCCAGUUCACGGCACAUGUAUGUGUGCGCUCACCGCCGUUUUGAAAGGCGUGCUCAAGCGCGCAUCUGUGUUUGCGCCCAUGCAGCAACAGUAUGGCUCAUUGAGCGCGGGCUCAUUUGGCGCUGCAGCCAAAGUUGACAAGCUUUUAAAGUGGCGCGUACAUAAGAAGCCAUCGGCUUUGAGCGCUGUGUACAUCUCAGCCCCGCGCAGCGUGUUUAUAUGGACGCUGACAUGCUUUUUGGACCACAGUGAAGGUGUUGUUGUGAUGUUUGAACAACCAAUCAGCGCUGAUUGAUUCCAGAAAAAAAAGUUGGACAGUUUGUUGUUUUGUAUUUCUGGACUCACGUCGUUUCGAGUAAAUCGGCUUAUCUAAGCGGCGACCUGCAAUUAGCCACAUUUCAUAAAGCUUGCUAACGCCCUCUGUGCUGACUGGACAAACUCACUAGUCAGCCUUUGCGUGAGCCUGAACGAUUCAAAUGUGAGCGCAUAGAUGAUUGCCCUAUAGACUCUGCUCUACUCUGACAUUGCAUUUCCUUCUAGAUUUCCAGAAGAUUCACGGCUGUCGUCCAUGUCUCACAGAAUGCAGCAAAGUGUUGCCUAUUCGGGUGAGAGGUGAUGCUUGUUGUUUGGUGUAGUGACAGCAUAGCAUCACUCCACAUGCUGGGGGUUUUGGUUUUAUUCCUGAAAAAACCCAACACAAAUGACUUUUCAGUGUGUUUGUGGACGUUUCUAGAGGCAUUUUGGACAAGAUGGGUUUCAAUGACAACAUUUGUGUCGUGCAUAACGCAUGCAGGGCUGCCACGGCACACUCACUUCACGAGACGAUGCGCAAGACGAGAACGAGACGAGACGGGGCUUUAACAUAACCUUUAAGAAACGUACAAUGAAAAAAUAGAAAAAACUGCGUUCUUUUUUACAUUUCAAGUUUUGUGUUUUUACGGCGUAUGACGCGCAUUGUGUUCUGUGUCCUUAUUGGCUAAGGGAGAAGCCGCCCAUUGUAUUCUGCAUCCUGAUUGGCUGUAGGCCAGGGGUGUCCAAACUAUUUCCACUAAGGGUCGCAUACCAAAAAAUCAAAAGAUGCGGGGGCCGCUUUUACUUUUUUUUUUUUUUUUUUUAAACCAACCCAAACAAAAUAUUGAAUAUAAUUUGUGUGUGUAUACUGUACAUAUAUCUUAAAGCAAAACAUGUUUUUUUAAUGUCACAAACAAGACGCAGCCUGGGGCGUGUUUUUCGAGGAGCAAAAGUGUCCAAUAAGACCAGAAAAAGUUGAUAGAUUUGUCACUAGUUGUUUUUUUUUUUAAUCUACAGGGGUCUGAAUAAUUGCAAAAUCUAGCGACACUGCUCCCCUCCUGCUACGUCUUCUUAUUCUUCGAACAGGUGUGUUAGGCAGCAGAGUUGCGGUGCCAUCUACUCCAUUCCCGUACAGUCCCAUUAUAAUGUGUUUUAUGAGCGAGGGUACACAGUUAGCGCCAAAUUUCUAAUGUGGCGGGCUGCAGGAAAACACUGGAUUAGUAAUGUUGUUCAUUUGACCUGGCGAAACAUACAAAUUAGUCCGUAAAGUUUGAUGUUCCAACAAAUACGCAUGGAUUGCUUUGUGGGCACAGAAAGCUGGAAAGAAGCUAAGCUUGAGUCUCCAAGCUAACUUCUGCACAAGUUAAGCGUUGACAUAAUAAUUGUGUCUCGCCUGCUGAUUCUUGUGAGCGUGUGAAAGCAGCCUUAGGCCUAAAGACGAAACACACGUUUCCACGAGCUAACUUUUACAGCCCGGGGAACCUCACUCCAUUCCCGUUGCAGCGGCCGUCCUUGGUCUUGCAGCUUUGUUCAUUCUGGGUUCAGAACGCUCCUGGCGUGAGGAAUAAAAAAAAACACACACUCAAGCCACAGCACUCCGCAAAGUCAACAUAAAUGUUCACAAAGUGUGCUAAGCGAUGUCCAAACCGGCGCGAGUGUCCGUCUCGUUUCUGACACUUAAAUAUUUCUCCCCCUGGCGUGACAUGUUUCUAACCCUUUACUGCUCCAUUUCCAGUAACCCGAGGAAAUGCCUUCUGUGGGCCCGUCCCGGUAAACGCCACAUAAAGGCGUCCCCUUUUCCAAUAGGGCCGCUCUGAGAGAAAAAAAAACCCUCUCCUGAACGUCCUGCACCUGCAUAAACACGGCGAGUUCGGAGCGCUGAACGCCCGCCCUGCCAGGCACAUUAAAGCAAACAUACCUGCUUACCGUGAGAAGACCAGAAUACGAGUCCACCGCAAGUCACAGUCAAGACAAGAGCGGCCUUUUUCGUAAGAGUCGUUUUAAUGCAAAUCAAAGUCGGCGUGCAAAGUGGAGUUACCGUCAAAACAUAUCCGCUAACACAAGCCGGGAGCGUUGCAGGCGGGGCAGGCGGGGUGGUGCCCACUCAACCGUAGCGUCUGAAAAUUCUGACACAGUUUUGGGGAAAAACAUGCCUCUUUACAUCGCACAAAAAUCUGUGUCGUGUGGAAAUGUGGGUCAGAAUUGCCUCUUAUGUCUUAGAAUUUGCAAUUAGACAAAACAUAAUGAAUUUAAUUAACGUUAGAUUAACGAUUGAAGUCUUUGUAGUGACUUCAGAUGCGUAUUUUUCCCAAAAAUCUGGGUAAGAAUUGCAUGAGAUUGUGUGUAUUCCAUAUUUUAUACAGAGUAGUGAUUGAAAUGCAGAGUCAGCCCCUUGUCUGCCAUUCAAACAGCCCUUUGUGCGUGGCUGGGCUACGCUUCUUGAAUUCUGCCUAGCAACAAGCCGCCAGGCAACCAUGUGACCUAACCAGGAAGUCCAAUCGGAACAAUCCUGCUGCUGCGUUUGGUUGCUUGUGGGGUUUUAUGAUGACUGAAAUGACAUCAACAGUACGAUCUGUAACUUGGUUAGCCUGUUUCGUACAAACAACGCCAGUGAAACACAAAGCUAGCUAAUGGGGGGGUCGGGAAAAGACCAUAUGAGUGUGGAAAAACAGUUAGGGGACUUGAGGAAUAAUUUACUGAAGUGUUUUUAGGGGGAAUUGAAAAAAAAUGUGUGAGAACGCGGCCUCUGGAGACUUUGACGGAACACCUAGCGGUCGGCGGCGCCCCCGUAAAGGCUGCCCUCACUGGGACAAGGCUUCAUAUUCACACGGUGUCACACAACACCUCCGUGUUACGUAACGGCUAUUUCAAUCAUUGUACUGUGAACCAGCCCGCCGAAAAUGGCAGCGCCGCUUUAAGACGCAAGGGACUGGGCUGAGACGAAUGAGGAGUGACUGAUGAAUGUCUUUUUGGCGCAGUCCGGCCUGACACCGCCGCGGCUGGAAUGGCAACUUCAUCUAACGCGGUGCUAACGCACACCUGUCAACACUCACGUUUCCCCCGGGAAACUCCCGUGUUUUUUCUCAUGUGGAGUUCCCAUAUUUUAACUUUCGACAAAAAGUAAAAAAUCCUCUCCGGCACUGGAGGUGACACUGGUGACGGUAUCCAUGCUUGAACAACUGCAAUCUGCGAGGGCAAAAAUAUUGGCCGUUAGCAACUCCCUUCCUUCCUCGGAAGAGUCGUCCUUAGCCACUGAUGGAUUCAUGAGCUAACUGGGCUUAGCUAGGAAGCUAACGGGCGUCAAGUGAUGAUGUGUGAAUGACAUUCGAAAUUGAAUAAUAUGUCAUGUCACGUACUUUAGCCGGCGUUAGCAUUAACAUCAGUCCUAAAGCUCCCAAGCAGAAGUUUUGGUGCUGUGAGACCGCACAGCUCGACAAUGAUUCCCGGGUGCUGCUUUAAAUAUUCAUAUUUAAUCAACUAAGUUACACUUUAAAUUAAGUCUGCUUCUAGAAGUAGUCGAACGUUUUCACAUUCUGCAUUUAGCUAGCUAACAGAAAUAUAGAGUGGAGCCUCAGUUGGCGUCGGCCUCGGUUAGUGUGUUACACCACAAUUUUGCCUCUGUUAGAAUACAAUAUGCCGCGCGUCUUGUUGUGUUAUUAAUACACUCCAGCUGUGUUCUUAAACUUUUUCUGCAUGUAAAACUGUAAUUUUGUGUUUUGCGUUAACAUGUUUGGCUUUCUGGAACGGGUUAAUUGGAUUUACAUUAUUUCUGAUGGGAAAAAUUUAUUUGGUUAAUGUCCGUUUCGUUUAGAGUCAGACUUUCUGGGACAAAUGAGUGACGCUAACCAAGGUUCCACUGUAUCUGGUUAACAAGCGAGGAAUAUUUGUAUGUAUUUCACUAGCAUAGAUACAUCAGCUAGCUUCAGCAGUGAGAUGCUAAUACUAGUUAACUAGCGAACAGUAGAACAUUUUAAAUAAAGUUGACUUGUAGAUCUUGUCACACAUUUUUGAAUUUUGCAUUUAGCUAGCAUAGCUUAGCAAAUUGAUAGCUAUUUCUGGUUAACUAGGAAUAGUUUGAUUUAUUUCACUGGCAAGAUACAUCAGCUAGCUUAAGCAGUGAGACGCUACUAGUAGUUAACUAGCGAACGGUAGCUGUACAUUUUAAAUACAUUUACUUGUAGGUCUUGUCAAACAUUUUAAAAAUUGGCAUUUUGCUAGCAUAACUUAGCAAAUUGAUAGAAUAUCUGGCUAACUAACUAGGAAUAGUUUGAUUUAUUUCACUGGCAAGAUACGUCAGCUAGCUUUUGCAUUAGCUAACUAGUCAUUAGCGAGACUAAAUUAACUUGAAUUAACUGAAUUAACUUGUUGCAUCAGUUAGCUGUCUUGUUAAAAAGGUAGCAAGAUAGAUAGUUUGCCUAGUUUUCCUUUUCAGGGUUACACUUUACGUCAAGUUUAGUUGUACAGGAAGUUGUCUGACAUUUUAGCACAGUUUAGCAUGCGAUGUAUUAGCUUAUGUCACGGUCCCUACGAGGAGCGUGUGAAAGUUUUGACAGCGAGCUGAGCGAUGACUCCUUUCUGCGUCAUUACUUCCUCCUCACCUUGCUGAGGAAUCCACCUUCACCCCCGCUGUGUCUCAGCGGGGGUGAAGGUGGAUCGCAUGUCGUUGUGAAAAGCCGCGAAGGUGGGAACGUUUCUAUUUUGCCGUCUGCCAGGUUUGCAGCUGACACCAAAAAAGAAGACAUUAAUCCGGUGGUUCAUUAGCAUCCAAACUACAGAUGCUGUUUGUUCGAUGAAUACCUCCCUGACAGUUACGCUCUUUGCACAGGCACAAUUCUUCAUCGCAAUCAAUAAUAACCAAAAAAAGAAAAAAAGUGUUGAUUCCAACAUGUCAGCGCGCGAGCUACAUUUCGCAGAUCCGUGCAAAAGCGUCGAGUAACAAAACGACCCGCCGUGACCUGCCAGCUCGCUGACGCACGGACGGAUGGACGGACUAACAGACACGAGCUGGUGUUUGACCUUGCAGCUCACACUCACAUGGGGAAAGACCCAGACAGGGAGGGGUCCUUUUAGCCACUGUGCAAAAAAAUAUCUGGAAACAAUUAGAACACAUGGGAACACCAGCCCGGCUGCUGCUGCUUCAGUUAGUAUUACACAAAAUCAUUCCAAAAAAGAUGUUCUUGAAAUAUAUAAAUGAAUAAAAUUCUGUUUUAAAAAUGACAGACAUGUACACCGACCAAUGACUGAGAAUCGGUCCAACUGCGAUACCGUCAGAUUGCGCAGUAAACGAUAACAAACAAAAUGUCUUACAUGACUGACAUGUAGACCGAACAGUGACUGUGAAUCUGUCCAAUUCCCAUACAGUCAGAUUGUGCAGGAAACCAAAUGGCUUUGUCCAGGAAAUAUCAAACAUGAUUGACAUGUCGAUCGCCCAAUGACUGCACAAACUGAGAAUCUGUCCAAUCUCAAUGUAGUCAGAUUGUGCAGGAAACAAUAGGAAACAAAAUGUCUGGAAAUAGCAUGUAGACCAAACAAUGACUCAGAAUCUGUCCAAUGGCCAAACAUUUAGAUUGUGUAGGAUUGUGUAAGAAACAAAAUAUAUUUGUCCUGGAAACAACAACAACAACACAAUUGACACAUAAGACCGCCCAAUGACUGCACAAGCAAUGACUGAGAAUCUGUCCAUUCGCAAUAUAGUCAGAUUGUUCAGGAAACCAUAAGAAAGAAAAUGUUUUAGUCCAGGAAAUAUCUCACAUAAUUGGCAUGCCGACCGCCCAAUGACUGCACAAACAAUGACUGAGAAUCCGCGCAAUCGCAAUAUAGUCGGAUUGUUCGGGAAACAAUAAGAAACAACAUGUCUUUGUCCAGGAAGUAUCGAACAUGAUUGACAUGUAGACCACCCAAUGACUGACAAUCUGUCCAAACAUGAUUUUGCAGGAGACAAAAUGUCACCUUUGUCCAGGAAAUGUCUAACAUUAAUGACAUAUAGAUCGAACAAUGACAGGGGAUCUAUCCAGGAAAUAUCUAAAAUGAUUGACAUACAGACCGAACAAUGACAGUGGAUCUGCCCAAAUGCUGUCAGAUUGAACAGGAAACAAUAAGGAACAACAUGUCUUUGUCUAGGAAAUGUCUAACAUGAUUGACAUAUAGACCGAACAAUGACCAGUUGCGGUCAGAUUGAACAGGAAACAAUAAGGAACUAAAUGUCUUUGUGCAGGAAAUAUCUCAAAUGAUUGACAUACAGACCGAACAAUGACAGAGGAUCUGUCCAGGAAAUAUCUACCAUGAUUGACAUAUAGACCGAACAAUGAUGGAGGAUCUGUCCAGGAAAUAUCUACCGUGAUUGACAUAUAGACCGAACAAUGACGGAGGAUCUGUCCAGGAAAUAUCUACCAUGAUUGACAUAUAGACCGAACAAUGACGGAGGAUCUGUCCACUCGCCAUACUGUCAGAUUGAACAGGAAACAAUAAGUCCAGGAAGUAUCAAACAUGAUUGGCAUGUUGACUGUCCAAUGACCGCACGAACAAUGAGCGAGAAUCGCUUCAGUCGCCAUACAGUCUGUGUGUGGGAAGGCGGGACUUCAACUCGCAGAGAAAAUGAUUUCAUAAUCCUUGACUAUAUUGCGGUUAAAAAAAUGAAAAUGAGCAAACUAAAGUAAAAAGAAGAUGUCCGUAUGGAGGAAACAUCCAACACGAUUGACAUGUAGGACCGCCCAGUGACUGCACAAACCGACACAUCGCGGUGCACCCGGGAAGGCGGGACUUAAACAGAAACCCACACCACGGUGCAGCCAAAGAAUAAAUGCCGACCAAGGUGCUAAACCCCCGGCUGGAUGCUUUUUGUGAGCUGUGAGAACAACGUACCGGGACCUCAUGAUGGCUUCCAGAGCAACGCUGGACCUUGGAAGUGAAAGUCUAAACACCUCAACCUCAAAUGUGUCCCAUAAUAACACUUCCCAGCUCUGCAGCGUUGCGUGUGACUUCCUCUGUGGGUCAAAGCAGCUUGAUUGGCAUGUUUAGCGGAAGCCAGGGAGAAUUUGGCUGCGCUGCAGGUACAACGUGCACACACACUGCUGGUAAACAACCAUCCCGAAGAAGAACCUGCGCACCGACAUGAAAGCCUUUUUCAAAGUGGACAUUUGAGGAAUGUUAAGGUGAAGUCUUCACAACAUGAAAACACCUGCGCGGCCAAGCAAAAAAAAAACAACAAAACAAACAACGAGGCAGAUUCAGUCGCUCUCGCUUUGGGCUUGAAGCAACAUUUACUUUGGCAGCCAUUGAGACAAAAGCAGCGGCGAGUGAUUAAAGGCCGUGUUUUCAUCCAAGGCUUUUACAGGAAGCUAAUUAGUGCAGCUAUGCAGUCG